AUGUUGGCGCGUCUGAAGAGUGUUGUGCUGACGCUGGACGGAACUCGGACAUAUGUCCCAGAUGAGGAAAUGAAGUCGGUGCCAGAGGACGAGGCUAUGGUCGUCGAUGUGCAGUAUCUGCGGGGGUUGAUGCCCGUCCCAGAUACAUCUUCGUGGUGGCGAGUUGCCGGAAUGUGUGGGCAAGCAAUAAGCCCGGUGUACAGAGGGAUUCAAGGAAUCCUGAUGGAGGAUAUCGACCGGAUUGCAGAAGUACUGUCCCAGGUUGGAUAUGACCGCGACGAGGAAGACAAUGUGCAUGACGGUCGCUGCACGAAGCCUUCAAUAGCUACAUCACAUCUCCCGGUUUCUCCAUCUCAUCUCAAACCGCCCGCCGAGUCAGAUAAAUUUCCCGAAAAACCACGACGGAAACGCAGACGUUCGUCAAACACAGAUCGCUGUCUACCUCUCAUCAUCCCAAGCACUCAUCCGAGCGCGCCCACCAUUAUCAUAACCCCCUGCCCACCCGAACCACUGAUGACUGACGGCCAUGUGCCAUACCAAGACCACGCUCAUGGGCUGAAGUUAACCGUCCCUGCCCAUCCAGCAUUCAAUGCAACCUUCCCACCUAUGGCGCCUUCUCCCUACAUGCUACCUUUGGUUAGCAAAUGGAAAUGGCAAGACGGCCAUUGGCAAGCGCUCCUCCCGGAUUUGGAGGAACAAGCAAAAAAGGGCAUGUACUCUCGUGCUGUAACAGUCAAGAACAAGCCCUUCACUCUUUCACCUUCACCAUUCCCAACUAGAGGCUCACUCGUGGUUGCUCGCAUGUCGUUCAAGGCCUUGGUCUAUGCUUAUGUUCUCGGCGGGCUCACGUUUAUCCCACUGGUCCUUGCUGCAUUGGUGUUCUUCACCAUCUAUACAUCGGUUCCCGUAGGGGACCCAGAUCCAAGCAAGCAGGCUCGUGCGCACCUCGAACGCGAUGGAAAUGACACCGAGGACGCACCGACGCCCAACGACGCUGAUGCUGCCCGCUCCGCAGGUCUCUCUGACGUCAACGACAUCCCGCGCACGCGUAAAGGCUGGCUCACCAUGCGGCGAACGUUCGAAGAAUCGCCCUUCGAGGGGUCCUAUGUCACCCUUGUCCGCUCGUUCCUCGAUGCGAGGUCGAAGGACCCAAAACGCUCGCGGCCGAAGGAUAUGUGGUAUGUUGUGCUGAAGGGGAAGGUGCUGUAUCUCUACGAGGAUGAGGCGAUGACAGAGUGCGAGGUAGCGGUGGAGCUGAGUGGGUUUGAGGUGAUUGUGUAUCCGGAGGGACAGUUGGACGGUGAGCUCUUCGCUAAACGGAAUGCAAUAUGUCUGCGGGCACGAGGGCCGCCAGUGGAGAAGGGCGCGUCAAAUCCAUCAACUCCAACCAGCGCGGAGGGCGGAAAUGCUGGUGAAAAUCUCGACGAUUCGCGCUCGACCCUCGUUGAAGGAGAUAAACCGGUGGAUACGGAGAAGGAGAAGGAGAAGGAGAAGGAGAAGGACAAAUCCAGUGAUUCGGCUUCAGCAGUUUCGAAAGACCCAUGGUUUAUCUUCGUGCGCACGAACGUCGAGAUGGAAGACUGGUACUUCGCCUUGAUUCACGCCUCUGAACAGCCAGCGCAAGCCCCCACUCUCGCACCUCUUCAGUCUAUCUUCUCUGCUGCGGAUAUGCAACAUCUUGUUACGACGCUGGACGAACAGCCAGACGUCAUUCCUAUGCGUUGGCUCAACGCGCUAAUAGGCCGGAUAUUCUUCAGUUUCUACCGCACUCACCACCUCGAGGCGUAUAUCAUUGGUCGGCUUAUGAAGAAACUAUCCAAAGUCAAACGACCUGGAUUCCUCACUGACGUCGUCGUCAAAGAGGUUAGCGUUGGCAAUCGUCCCCCUACGCUGAGCAAGCCCAUGCUCAAAGAGCUGACCAAAGAGGGCGACGCUGCGCUUGAAGUCCAUCUCCAAUUCAAAGGAGAGAUACGGAUUACUGUGGAAGCUACGGCCACCAUUAAUCUCGGAGCCCGCUUCAAGCCGUACAACGUCAAGCUUGUGUUGGCUGCUGUUGUGAAAGAGAUGGAGGGCAAUCUACUUGUCAAAGUCAAGCGACCUCCGAGUAAUCGCAUUUGGUACGCGUUUACACAAACGCCGCGGAUGGUCAUAUCCGUAGAGCCUAUUGUCAGCGACAGACAAAUUACCUGGACGAUGAUUCUCAGUACUAUCGAAGCGCGUCUCAAGGAAAUUAUACAAGAGUCUGUGGUUAUGCCUAACAUGGAUGACAUCGCAUUCUUCGAGAGUUCACCCUAUGAACACCGUGGCGGAAUAUGGUCCGACGCGUCACGUCAUGAAGUUCCUGCGUCGCUGUUGCUGAAUCGGGAUCCAGCUUCUGUCGAGAUGUUAUCAACAGCUUCGGCACCAGCCACCACCGAUCUCGAUGGUUCGUUGACGAAGGACGAAUCUAACCUGGCGACUCCAGUACCUCCAGAAGUGACCAGCGUCCAGUCUGUGCCUACUACCUUACCCAGUGAUAUGCCCGAGGACGCCAUGGGCAAUGGUUCUAUCAAUGGUCGCCGGCGAACGUGGUUCUCUGGCAUACGAAAUGACGACUUCAGUGCCUUGCUCCCUUCUCAGCUUCCUGACGCGGUCGAUGGUGAUCGUGGUCGAACUACCGAUUCAGCCUCCACCAAUGGCACCCGUCAAGAACGUUCGCAUUCGAGGCACAGUACGCGUGCGAACACUCAGGAUAGUAGCGAUUUAGAGGCUCCUGCGCCUGUCCACCAGUCGGCGAUUUCGCGGCCACGUUCACGCCAGUCAUUCCACGAGAAGGGUUUGUCAGUGUCCUCGGAUGGCUCAGGCGCGUAUACAGACGGCAGUGCGUUAAGCGCGGCUUCGUCCCGAAAUGCGGAAGCUUCGUCGUCGAAAAUGAGCAGCAAUCUCCCAUCGUCGCCGGCGAGCCCAACAGGGUUUUUAUCACAGCUCAAAUCCCGGGCUACGGAUAAACAGGCGCUGAGCAACACGGCCAAGGAGGCCAUGAAAAAAUGGGGUAUGAAUUGGGCCGGGCUAAGGAAAGACAGCUCUAAGGAUAGGGAGGGGUCCAGUGGAGAUACAUCGGGCAACGAAGAUCAGCCUGAUCAUGGUGUAAUCGGCGCCACCAGAGCUAUGUUCGAUCCGAAUGGAUCUAUGGCGCAAAGGGCUAGAGCAAGCUACGCUGAAGUACGGGCAGCCGUUGCGGAGCGAAGGGAGAAAGAGAGAAAGGAAGCAGAGGAGGAGAGGGACACUGGCGCAAGCGAACGGCGAUUUUUGGGCGUAUACGACAGGACCACGUCAUCGAGUUCAAGUCCUAUUCCUAUACCGGACGGUGGAAAGACGAGAGCGAGGGUGAUUAGUGCCCCCGGCUUAGGUCUACCCCAGCCCUCCUCGAAGCAGUCGUCUGCGAGCGAUCAAGAAGCGAUUUUGAGGGUAGGUUCUGAGGCUUCCGAUAAGUCGAUACCUGUUCCGUCGACCUCAGCUCCCUCUGCAUCGCCCAUAAAUGUAGACGAAGAUGAAGAGAUCAAGCCCACGUCCCCGAUUCACAGACAGCCACAGGCCAUGUCAAUGACUAUUCCUGGUAUUCAUCCGAGUCACCGUGGGGACGUUCUGUCCAUGGGAUAUGUUGCGUCCGAGGCUCCUCCUUCAACCCCACACACGAAAGAUAAGGAGGGAGCUGGAAGCAAAAUAAAACUACCGCAGAAUCCGACCAUUCAGAGUAUGUAUACGAGAUUCUGGAAGUCGCCGGGAGGAACGGUAACGGGGAGUCCGUCAUCGACGCCGUCCAGGCCAGGGUCUUCUGCUCAUCCCAUUGAUCCGAAUAAUCCAUUCGUUGACAGUGAGUCGAGUGCGCCAAGGGCAACAGGAUUGAAUGCUCCUGCGGCACCUCCACCCUCGAUGACAUCUCGAGUUCCUCCUCCGUUACCUCCUCGAUCAACACCCACCGCAGUUUCUCGUGCACCUGUCGAACCUUCACAGCCUUCACCUUCAAGUACUCUCAAUGUCACCGAACUACCUGGCCCUGAAUCUUCAACAUCUCCGGCUAAAGGGUCGGCAUCUGAGGCGUUGAAGAGCAUUGCGACUAAAGACGAAAAUAUCCGAACAAAGCGGGCAUCUCAAGAGCUCAGCACAAAUGCUUCGCCACAGCCCAGCCCGCCUCGGCCGGCAUCUAGAAGGAUUAGUACUUCGUUGGACACGAGUUCUACGGACGAAAGUUUAGACUCUGGGUUUUCGAAAGGGAUUGUGGCUGACGGAAAUAUUGAUGAGCAUCACGAACGAACAAACGACUCUAAUAACGACGAACAAGAGGACUCGCUACCGACUCCGACACCCCCACCGCACCAAUUUCGAAAUUCAAAUCCUGGACCUCCAUUACCUCCUCGUAAAAUACCUGAGCCCAUACUCUAG